AUGGCCUCAAAAGCAUUGCCUUCCCGUGGAGGCCCUGAAGGCAAGACUGUUGCGACUGGUCCUCCAAACCAAACACUCUACUGCACCAAUCUGCCUGAUAAGCUCCACAAGCAUGAUCUCAGAUCGUCUCUCUACACCCUAUUCUCUACGUACGGCACCGUCCUCGACGUUGUGGCCCUGAAGACCGUUCAAAUGCGAGGUCAGGCCCAUAUUGUUUUCAAGGAUAUUCAAGCUAGUACUCAGGCGCUACGGUCUCUGCAGGGAUUUGACUUCUUCGGGAAACAAAUGAAAAUCGUCUAUGCCAAAGGACCAUCCCAUGUCAUUGCAAAGCUUCGCGGCACCUUUGUUGGAGUCAAUCCUGCACCAGUCCCAGUCUCAACCGAUCUACAGAAGUCCAUAUUCAGUGGUCCACCCGGUAGCCUCCCUCAACGACCCCCGACUGAUGCCACGGUCGAGGGACAGGGAGUGAAGCGCGCGCGUGAGGAAGAAAGUGAUGAGGAAGCCCCUAUGGAUGAAGACAGCGAUGUGCCCAUGGAAGCUUCCUCGGAUGAAGACUAG